GUUAGUUGACUAGCUUACCAUAUGUUAAUGAAAUGUCACCAUUUACACUAAAAUUAUGUCUAAUGUCUGAAUAUGUGUCAGCAUUUAUGACAUCCAAUGCUCUUUUAUGUGUGUAGAAAUCGUAGUUCUGUCGGAAUGACGUGCACUAUGUAGGGAGCUGGAGGCGAUUUGAGAUGUACCCGUGCAUUUAACGUUAGCAAGCUGGCUAAGGACUUGUGUUUUAAAUGUAGCAAAAGCGACACACGCGAACAGCUCCCCGGCUAAGUGGCUAUAGCAAUAUCUCCUUUCUAUCAGUGGCAGAUGUGUGUCCACGUCUUUCCAGAGAAUGUUUCCGAGGUCUCCUGUCUUCCCCCAUAACCGGCGGCAAGCCAGUCCAAAUAACAUGUUCACCCAACCCUCUUUAGCCCGAGCCUUCGUGCAACAACAAAUUGAGUCACAGCUGAACUUCACAAACAGAAAUUUUCACAGCCAUCAUUUGAAUGGAUUCCCUCUCAUCCCAACCUAUCAGUGGAAGCCUCCACUGGAUGUUCCGUAUACCAGUCCGAAUGGGUCAAAAAAUAAAAACAGAAAGAGGAAAAGUGACGGCUCCACCCAGGAUGACCAGAAGAGGCAGCGCGUCCGCUCCCCAAAACCAUAUGAGCCGCCGGGCAAAGUGUCUAGUUUUAGCCCAGUACAUCGAGGAGAGCAAGGGCCAUCUAGAAGGGCCGUGGAUGAGACCUGCUCUCCCGUUCAUUCUCCUAUGCACACCCCUGGCACCUCCAAACCAGUAGGCUGUGUACCGUCUCUCAGGGAGGAGUCUUAUCAGAAUGCCUACAGCGGUUUCCCACCGUCCAUUGUCAAAGAUAAGCUGAGUCAGCAGAUCCUGGACUUGUUCCUUGCUUGCGAACAGCAGAAUGAAGACCUGCAGAAGAAGGAAUCUUGUCGGGCCCAGUUGCAGUGGGACAUUCAGCUGCUACACCCAUGUGCCAGGGUGUUUUUAGCAGGGUCGUCUCUAAAUGGUUUUGGCAGUCGAAGCAGUGAUGCCGAUCUGUGCCUCGUAGUUCAAGAUGGGCCGGUAAAUCAGCGAACAGAUGCUGUGUACAUACUCAGUCGUGUGCAGAGGUUGUUAUACAAAUUGUCUUACAUUGAGAGACCUCAGCUCAUCCGAGCAAAAGUACCCAUUCUAAAGUUCAGGGACCGCAUCAGUGGAGUGGAGUUUGAUUUGAAUGUGAACAAUGUUGUCGGAAUCCGAAACACCUUCCUGCUACGGACAUAUGCGCACAUUGAGAGGCGAGUUCGUCCUAUCAUCCUCGUGAUUAAAAAGUGGGCCAGUCACAACAAAAUCAACGAUGCCAGUCGUGGAACCCUUAGCAGCUACACGCUAGUCCUGAUGGUGCUACAUUACCUCCAGACUCUCCCAGAACCCGUGAUCCCUUGCCUUCAGAAAGAUUAUCCAGAGUGUUUUAGCCCAGUAAUGGACAUCCAUCUGGUCCCAGACGGGCCCAAGAACAUUCCUCCCUUCGUGUCAAAGAACCAGUCAUCUCUUGGAGACCUGCUCCUCGGUUUCCUAAAAUACUACGCCACAGUUUUCAGAUGGGACAAGUUUGUGAUCUCUGUGCGUGAAGGAAAGGCUCUUCCCAGGCCAAACUCCUGGGAGUGGAAAAACAAGUUCAUCUGUGUGGAAGAACCAUUUGAUGGAACAAACACAGCCAGGGCAGUUCAUGAGAAAAUGAAAUUUGAUGCCAUCAAAGCGCAGUUCACUGAGUCCUGGCAGGUGCUGCAGGUGAGGAAAGAUCUGGACUAUAUUUUACCCAUCAGAGAAACAAAACCGAAGAGAUAACUCGACUCAAAGCUGAGCUGCCGUCAAGAGACUCUUCAAGCAUAAUGUAAAAAACCUAAUAAACAGCAAAAAAUGAGCAUCUUCACUGACCUUAGUGUUUUUGGUUGUGGGAGACUUUUUUUCCCCCCUAAACUGUCCCAGAACACUGGAAUUUCUACUGGACCUAAGAGAAUUAGUGAUGUGCGUGAUUUUUGGCCUCUGGCCAUCUUAUAGAUCACAUGAAGGGAGGGAACCUGUAUUCUAUAUGCAUGUGGCUCCUCCAGCCACAGUACUGCCACACGACGUCUGUGUUGAGCAGUACGUUAGUUUCUUUCCCUGAGAUAAAUGACUGUCAUUAAUCUUCGCUGUCUUUCCACCGUUGUUCACCAAGAGUAGAAUUUGUAGCACAUGCUUUUGUUUCUGAAGAUUGAAACUAUUCAGUGAUGAUUUCUAAGAGAGUUUUUGUGUUUCUUCUCAGAAGCGAAACAGUACAAGUCACUUUUUGGCACAUGAACACUUUUAUCUGAAUUCUGUACAUUUGUCAGUUUUCCUUGUUUUGUUCUUUUCACUUCUUUUGUACAGUCUUUUAAUGUUUAUUUAAAAGAUUAAAAUUUGGAAUAUUAUCACGUC